CGAGGAGGUCGACCUGGUUGGGUAUAUUGUUAGCAAUGGGAUUCUCAAUAUCCAUUACUAACAAUCCCUUUCCCCCCGGCAAACAAGUAUUCAGCCCGUCUGACGGUAAACAGUCACUGUAAUCCGUGGACAAGUUUACUAAAUUAGACUUUUCGUCCAAUUUUAUAUUUUGAAUUUAGAAAUUAUUUUUUUCUUGGUCGGCUCGAUACGAUAUUAUAUCGAUAGUGCGUCAUGCGAACCAAUUAUUUUACUAAACUUAGGACCUGCGCAAUUGAUGCAUUUCCUCCCCAAAAUUGCGAUUAUUUUUAUUCAUCGAAACUGGCAACAAUGGACCGUUUCAAAUUUCGAACGAAAUUUGCGUUUUUGCAUAAAAUGUCUGCUUGGGAUGGCGCGUGCGCACAUUAAAACGAGCGUUACAACAACCAAUGAGGACGCUGGAAGAUUAUAAGAAACUUCAGAGCUGUCUUCAAUCUUAACCGUCAAUGUGACCUCCGCAAUCGACGAGCAACUACGUAUAAAAAAAUAUUAAUAACAUUGUUGUGCUGUAAAUGUGGUUACUGCUUUCAUAAUUUGAAGUGCUGUGUUUAUAGACAAUAUUUUGUGUGUGUACAUUGGUGACAAAGUGACGGAAGGAAUCAAGGCGCCCGCACAGGACAUCAUAUGAUAGCCCACGACAAGACGGUCGCCGCUCCUCCCCACAUACUCCAUGAGCUGGCUCCAGUAGACCGACUGCUUAUCACUAAGCGUCUCCGAGUAAAGAGUGUACUCUUCCUCAGGGGCAUAAAGAACAGGUUCUUCAUCAGAACACCCGAACAAGAGCUCGUCUACACAGUCGAGGAGGAGAAUAGUUGGUGGGUUGGCUACAUUUGCUACGGCCUCCGUCCACUGCAGCUCAAGGUCACAAACAGGGAAGGUGCGGAGGUCAUGAGGAUAAACAGGCCUUACGCGUGCACGGCCAGGGUGCUGCCCUGCCAGCUGCAGCGCAUCGAGGUGUUCGCACCGCCCGGACAUCUCGUGGGGACAAUAGAACAGCAGUGGGCCGCAGUCAGACCACUGUACCUCGUUAAGGAUGUGGACGGGAUCAAUAUGUUCUGGAUACGAGGUCCAUACAUCACCCUGAGCUUAUUCAGAGAUGUCCAGUUCACCAUCAUGAGACCAGACGGCAGCGCGACCGGCGCCACCUGCAAACGCUGGCAAGGUCUCACCCACGCGCUGUUCCUAGCACCGGUUACUGACAGAUUCGGCGUAGCAUUUGAAAGGAAACUGAUGGUGGAAGAGAAGGCGUUGCUCCUGGCGGCUACUCUACUCAUGGAUUAUAUGUACUAUGAUGUUUGAUGUUAAUAUACUGUGCAAGUGAAUUUUAAAUGGUAUUUUCUUUUAAAAAUAUUUGGACAGAGAGAACAGAGUGCUUUAUAAAAUUACAAGAGUAUGUUUCUUUUUAUACAAGUUAGAAUGGCAAAAGCUGACUGCCCACCUGAUGGAAAAUGGUAACGUCGCCUAUAGACAUUCGCCUAUGAUACCCCUCAUGCGUUGCCAUUCCUGUAACUCAUAUUGUUUCAUCCACUCUCAAAGUGCCCCUAAAAAGUAGUUUUUUUUUUUUUAUGGAUGAUAAUGGAAUGGUAACCCCGCCUGCGCUAUCGGUAUAUGCUGGCGAAGCACCAGUGAAAGAUGACAGGUGAGGAUGAAUAUAGGUCAGUUAGCCCAUCCUGACGAAUUCAACUAGAAUUAACCAAGAUGGUUUCGAAGGGAAAUCACGUGGAGGUCGACCUGAAAAGGCAUAUAUAUGCUAG